UAUGAAUAUAAGAAAUCAUUUAAGCAAAGCAAGGGCUUUUAUGAUUUCACCCUGGAUAUAACCAAGCAAAUCCAUCACAAAGAAAUUGCAGUGCUUCAAACAGCUGUGAGGGGAAUAUUGGUACAAGACUGCACCCUAUCAAGGGUUUCAUUCACUUUUCCCUCACAGGUCAAGUACAAAGAAAAUUAUGAAAAAUCUAAAGGCAGAUCAAUGCUGGAGUUUGUGGAUACACCAAUGUAUCAAGUUUCAAAGGAAGCUCAAAAGAUGCAAAGUGAGAAAAUGUAUCGCAAAGAUUUUGAAGAAGGGAUCAAGGGAAAACCCUCAUUGGAUUUAGACAAGACCCCAGAGUUCUUGCAUAUAAAGCAAGUCACUAACUUUCUGAAAGAGAAAGAGUACAGAAAAGAUUUGGAAGAAGGGAUGAAAGGAAAAGGAAUGACAGUGUUUGAAGAUACACCAGAUUUGAUUAGAGUGAAAAAUGCAGCUCAGAUACUAAAUGAGAAACAAUACAAGAAAGACCUGGAAACAGAAAUUAAAGGGAAGGGAAUGGAUGUUGGUCCAGAUACUCCUGAGAUAAGACGAGCCAAGAAAGCUUCUGAAAUUGCAAGCAUGAAAGAAUACAAGAAAGACCUGGAGAAUGAAAUUAAAGGAAAGGGAAUGGGAGUGGGCACCGAUACCCCUGAUAUACAACGAGCCAAAAAAGCUUCUGAAAUAGUAAGCCAGAAAGAAUAUAAAAAGGAUCUGGAGACUGAAAUUAUAGGAAAAGGAAUGCAAAUUGGCCCAUAUACUCCUGAAAUACAGCGGGUCAAAAGGGCUUCAGAAAUAGCAAGCCAGAAAAUGUACAAAGAUGAAGCAGAGAAGAUGCUGUGUAACUAUUCUGCUGUUCCAGACACUCCAGAAAUGGAGAGGAUAAGAAGUACUCAGAAAAACAUCAGUUCAGUGUUUUAUAAGAAGGAAAUAGGAGCUGGCACAGCUGUGAAAGAGACUCCAGAGAUUGAAAGAGUGAAGAAAAAUCAAAAGAAUAUUAGUUCGAUUAAAUACAAGGAAGAACUUCGGCAUGCAACAACUAUUUCUGAUCCACCUGAACUGAGGAGAGUUAAAGAAAACCAGAAGAAUAUUAGCAAUGUUCAGUACAAAGAACAGCUCUGCAAAGCUACACCUGUGAGUGUCACUCCUGAGAUGGAAAGAGUCAAGAGGAAUCAAGAGAAUGUCAGCAUGGUUCACUACAGAGAGCAGCCUGGCAAAGCUACUGCUGUGAGUGUCACUCCUGAGAUAGAGAGAGUCAAGAAGAAUCAAGACAAUAUCAGCUCGGUCAAGUACAGCAGUGAUCAGAGGCAGAUGAAAGGUAGAUGUAGUGUGCUUCUAGACACACCUGAGCUAAGGCAUGUCAAAGAAACACAAAACAACAUCUCAAUGGUAAAAUAUCAUGAAGAUUUUGAGAAGACAAAGGGUCGAGGCUUCACGCCAGUGGUAGAUGAUCCUGUAACAGAGCGUGUGCGGAAAAACACCCAAAUUGUGAGUGAUGCAGCAUAUAAAGGUGUGCAUCCACAUAUUGUUGAAAUGGAUAGAAGACCUGGAAUAAUUGUUGAUCUUAAAGUUUGGCGCACAGAUCCUGGCUCCAUCUUCGACAUUGAUCCUCUGGAGGACAAUAUUCAGUCUAGGAGUCUGCAUAUGCUUUCUGAAAGAGCAAGCCGUUACAGUAAGCAAUAUGUACAUUCUACCAGUUUGGGAGAGUAUAAAUCAGAUGGCUCAGACACGAACCCUACCUUUUCUUACUGCAGUGAAAUAACAAGGCCAUCUGACGAAGGAG